AAUAUAGAAUGAGCAAGUGUUAAUAACUAAUCCUGAAAUAAAACUUCUUCAAAACUUCUAGAGAACCAACUUAAAAGAAAAAAAAACUGAUGUAUUCCAUUAAUGAGAAAUGUGUACAUGUGAGGUUCAGUUAUAUGCAAUGUAGCCUAAUUAGGCCAGUAAACAAUAUAAUAGUGUUACAGCUUGAAUUAGGUUUUCUUAAGUGGUUUAGGUUUAUCCAUAUAUACAUAUAACAUUCUCUUUUUCGUUUUGUACCAGGAAUAUCACAUGGGCCGGCCUUGUUCUAAGCCAGACAAUUUUCAUUUUUGGUAUCUUGUAGUAAUAUAUAAUGUUUUAUAAUAAUAAUAUGGAGUUCCCGAAUACUUAUCUCUUUUUAACUAUAUUGCAAUGUAUAUAUGCAUGUGAUAUACCAGACAACACCUUUCAUUACUUUUUUUUUUUUUUUUUUUUUUUUUUUUUUUUUUUUGCAGGUUGUAUUUGAAUAAUUAAAAAUGCUGUAAUAACAGGUUACAAGUUCCCUUUUUCUUAGCAAGAGGUAACAAUUUUUAAGUUAAAAAAAAAAGAAAGAGUUAACCAUCUUUUUUCUUCUCUUCUUAAAUUAUUUUGAUGAAGAACACAUUCUUCGGCCAUAAUUCAGAGAUCUAAUAUAUAUGGCAGUGCCAAUCUCUAUUUCUCAAACAGAAGUUAAAAUUGUAAAAUAUACAAAAAUCACAAUUUAAGAAUUCUUUUUGACACACUCAUACAUACACUAUAGUAAACAAAACCUGCAUAAAACGGUAGAAAACUUGAAAAGCUAUCACUUAUCAUACAUGUAGAUGAUCUUUUCAAAUUUUUGAUCCAUUAACAAUACAUUUUAGAUUCAUUGUCUAGUCGAUUUGAUAUCUUUAAAGAUUAUGAGCAUACGAUUUAAUACCGAUCGCAAUCAUCACCAAGACUCAAAAUGUGUAGAAUGCGUCUAUUAUGUACAACAUGGAUAUAGUGCAAUACGUCUAGUCAGUCUUACAUCAUUUCCUAUAGUGUUUACUUUAUCCAUCUCGUCUAAAUCUCACGUAUUGUUGGCCAUAUGUACUCUUCUUCUUUUUUUUCUUUGUUCGUUCAAAGAGAUGCACACCAAGAACGGCUACGUACGCUCUUAAUUAAGUGGCUCUCGCAGCCACCAACGGCCAUGUAACUCCAGAGCAGUACUUCCCAAACAAGGUCAACCAUCGCUGCAUCGGUAAUUCCUUGAUUAGCUUUCAUUUACACUACGUGUCAAUUACUAACUGGUUAAUAGCUGGCAUCUAACAUUGUUUAUGUGUGAUUAGAAUCGGCAUGACGUUGCAGAUGUGGACAAGUUGACUAUGCUAAUGACCGGAAGUCUUUGGGAUCACUCGAGAAACAGCCAUACACGUGGUCUUGUCUUAUUAGAUCUAUUUCCUUAAAUAGAAAUAUUAGUAGCUUUCGUACCAACCUAAUUUGCAACAUUUUCUAUAAAUAGAAUGUUAAUUUAUUAGACGACCAAAUCUUAUUGGAUCUGUUCUUUCCUCACCCCACGAUUUGUUGAUUAGAAUAUUAUCGUCUGAUCCACUAUUUUGCCAGACAAGUUUGUCAUUACUCCUGGCUUUAAAAUUAGAAUGAGAUUAAUUAAAGAUUUUCUUAUAAGAUCGCAGGGAUUAUCACCUUUUUAGAAAAGAAGAAGCCUAUUACGAUUGGUACUUACUUUAACGGGGUAAAGUUUUUUACAGAAAAAUAACUUUGAUAGUUCAUGCUAAACGUAUAUGGUUUCCGUAUUUACUAUGUAUGUACAGAUAUACGGUAUGAUACGUAUUUUGUUUUUAUAUCCGAAACUACAUGCAUUAUCAUCUGCCACCCCCAAUAUUUGGUUUAAUAAAUGAAAAAUAUUUUAUUUUAUUUGAGGGAAUAUACUAGGUCACUAAGAUGCACCUUUGAAAUUUUCUAAUUAUUCUGUGCAUAAUGGAAGCACCCGCCUCACCUUUCUUUUUUUUUUGCCUCGCCUUGAUACACCUGAAAGUUUUUAGACAGAUUUUAAAUAAUUUAUAAUAAAAAUUAUCGAAAAAAGAGGAGAUUAUAUUGAAACAAUGAACACUAUAAGUCAGAUUUGACCUUUUUUACCUGGUUAGGCACCGUUAGUCAACAGUAAAAUAACACCCAUUUGACAGAUAAUCAAACAAAAUUAAAGAACCCUAAUAGUAACCGCAGAAACUCCAUUUGUUGUCAAUCAUAUUCAUGCCUUUCUGGCGAGCUGUAUUUAAAAACUAAUUAAUAUUAAAAUAUUAUGGAAUUUUAAUAAAUGAUGUCGAGUCAUCAGAAUUUCAACAAUUAAAUACUUGUAAUGACAUGCACUGUCCUCUUCGUCAACGUUUUUAAAAAAUCAAUGAAUUUGAUGAAUUCCGAAAACGCUUACAAUCUUAAUCUCUUGAAUCACAUAAAUAUAACUUCAUAAUUUAAUUUUACUCACUGAAAGUCUGCCAUUAUUCAUUGUAUAACUUAACAACGAAAAAAUGAAUUUUCAUUAUAACGUUAAUUAUAAUUAUUCUCAAAUCUCGACGCGUUAUAUUCAAUCAUUCAAAGAACCAAAAAGGCAAAAACUAAGUCAAGUCUAUUAAUUAUAUCCGAAUAUAGUUUUAUCAAUUUCAUUUAAAUUACAAUUGCUUUUUUUUUUAAAGCAGAAAAAUUUUCUUUCUUUUUAAAAAGGGAAAGUGCUAAACAACCUAGCCAAGUUGCGUUACAUGCUACGUAUCUUCCUCCUCUCACAAAAUAUGGAUAUAUAAUUAUUUUUAUUUUAGUUCAUACACAUAAAAUUUGCAUAUUGAAAAAAACGAUCAUUUUCGUCAAAAGAAAUUCUACCUUUCGAGUUCCAUUUAGUUCCCUUCCUUUUUAGUUCCUCUCCAUAACUUAUCUUUUCACAUCUACUCUCUCUCUCUACAUUUAUAUCUAUAUAUAUUCUCUGAACCCAUCUUACAUUCAAGAUCAAAUAAAUAAAAAAACUUUUGAGAAACACAACUUUUCUAUCAAAUAAGGUUUUGUUUUUGUUGCUGGAUCAGAUAUUUUCUUUUCUUUUAGGGUUUAAGGUUUCUUGGGUGAUAGAGAAAGAUGGAAGCGUUUGGUGGGUUUCACAAGGAAGAUGAUGAGCAGAUGGUUUUGCCUCCUGGGUUUAGGUUUCAUCCAACAGACGAAGAACUCAUAACCCACUAUCUUCACAAUAAGGUUCUCAACAUUGAUUUUUCAGCUAAAGCUAUUGGUGAGGUGGAUUUGAACAAAGCUGAGCCAUGGGAGUUGCCAUAUAAAGCAAAAAUGGGUGAGAAAGAAUGGUACUUCUUCUGUGUGAGGGAUAGAAAGUAUCCAACCGGUUUGAGGACUAACCGGGCAACUCAAGCCGGUUACUGGAAGGCAACAGGGAAGGAUAAGGAGAUUUUCAGAGGCAAAUCACUAGUUGGUAUGAAGAAAACACUUGUUUUCUACAGAGGAAGAGCUCCAAAGGGGCAGAAAACAAACUGGGUGAUGCAUGAGUAUAGGCUUGAUGGGAAACUCUCUCCUCACAAUUUGCCCAAAACCGCCAAGAAUGAAUGGGUGAUAUGUAGAGUGUUUCAUAAAACUGCUGGAGGCAAGAAAAUACCUAUUUCGACGUUAAUGCAAAUAGGUUCUUAUGGAGGUUCCGGUUUACCACCUCUAACAGAUUCUUCACCAUGCAAUAACACAACCAAGACCGAACAGACUUACGUGCCCUGCUUCUCCAACCAAACUGAAACAAGAGGAACAUUACUUAAUUACUUCAGCAACAACCCUGCCCUUAGCUCUAUUCCACUAUACCUACCUCAAUCUCUCCAUGUUUCUGAUCCGGUUCUUACUCAAGAACAAUCGGUUUCUCAAGCGAUGUUUGAGAACAACAGAAGGCAGAGCUUCAAAACGUUGAGUAUCUCGCAGGACACUGGAGUUUCUAAUACCGAUAUUGAAUUUGGGAGGAGAGGAUUGGAUCAUCAAGAAGUUCCAUCUUCCUCCACUGGUCCGGUUGAUCUUGAACCAUUCUGGAGUUACUGAAGACUCAGAAGUUCAUUAUCUUAGGUCACAUGUAAGAAGAACUUCGCAAAGUGUUUUUUAUUUUUUCCUUUUAGCGUGGUGUGCUAAGUUUGUAUAGAUUAUUAUAUCACAACCUCAUACUCUUUAGUGUGUUUUUAUUAUUAUUAUACUAUUAGAGAGAAAGGAUACAGCAACUAAUUUCGUUAA